UUUUUCUCACUCACAUUAGACAUCGGCGUCGGCGUCGUUUGGUUUUCUGAUUUGUUUUGUUUCGGUCAGUGCACUAAAGACCGCAAAUUGGGAAGCAACAGUUUUCUUUCCCUGGUUUCGAAUUCAAAAGUUUCGCGAGAAUCAUCGUAAAAAAUACCCAUUGCCAGGCGAAACCAUGAGAUGUUUUGUGUUCGGGUGCCCAAGUGACUUCCACGGUUACAAAUACUCCAAUGAGGAACCGCCGAAACAUUCGUGCCAUCGGUUCCCGAACGAUCUGGAACGCCGGUCGGCUUGGAUCGAAGCGAUUUCCGCGGCCUUGAACCGGCAGCUAAACGUUGACACCAUCCACUUCAAUGCUGUUCGUGUGUGCUCGAACCAUUUCCCGGCAAGCGAAUUCUACUACUCCAAAGGGAGGAAGCAUUUGCAGAAAACGGCAGUUCCUUCCCUGUUCGGGGAAGAUGCUGUGGAAAAUGGUAAACGAUGUGCUUCCAUGCCUAUUGAAAGUUACAGUUCAACGCCUUGCAUUCCCCCACCCUCCAAGAAAAAGAUCAGCGCCAAAACAGCUCAACAGCAGACCACCGAACUGAAAAACGGCGUACUGAAUUGCUUCGCGCGUGACAACGAAUGCUCCCCUCCCAAGAUGCGCACAACUUUCCGACUGGAAAAUUUUCCCCAUGUCUGCCGGCUGUGUCUGAAGACGCCGAAGCCCCAAACGGAAGUGAUGGUUCCUGUCGAUUCGCCUGACCACCUGUUGGAUGGAACCUGCAUAGGCGAGUUUAUCGAUGAAGUUCUGCCGACGAAGGUCGCCUUAGACGAGCACAGCCAACGUUUCCUACCGAGAGCGGUUUGUCUGCCCUGCCUGGAGCUCCUGAAGUUCUUUGCCAAAUAUCGAAGCAAGAUUACGAUCGUCCAUUUGCUGAUGAACUCGUUGAUCGAUCUGAAACGACGCAAAAAUCCCAAACCGCUUGCAGACCUCUUCAGUCAUCAAUCCGACCAGCUAAAAACGGUGAUCAAAGACAUUGGCCUGUGCCGAAGAGAAAAAUAUAGCGUUAAAACUUUGCUAAAGGAGUUUUCCCGCUAUGACCUGGCAUCGUUUGAAGGAUUCGAUAGCGAUGAGGUGAUUCAAAAGCAGGAACAAUGCGAAAAUCUUGUAGAAGAGUUAUCAAAUUUGCCAACGGAAUCCGGUGCUUUAAUUGCCGAGGAAUGUACUAUUGAGGAAAUCAACGAACUGACCAAGGACAAUCCGGAUCUUCAGGUGGUGGAUAACUCGGAUAGUUUUCCGAUUCCUAAGGAGAAGAAACCUCCCGCCAAAUCUAAGUACGGAGGACAAAAACUAGAAGAACCACUGCAGUGUUCCAAAUGCCGUUAUACAACGUACUACAAACGUAACUUCCAGACUCACCAAGAGGUACACGAAAAACGGGAAGCCCGAGUGUACCACUGUAAGGAAUCCGGUUGUACGGCGGAGUUCAAAACUCGGAAAGAGUAUAAACUUCACGGUCCGAAAGCGCACAAGGCUUUCAUCUGUGAUAAUUGUGGAUUGCGUUGCUCGUCAAAAUCCGCCCUCAGAGACCAUAUGGCUCGUCAUCAGAUGCGAUUGGACCACAAAUGUCCCUACUGUAAGCGGGGACACAAUACGAAAGCGGAUCUGCGAAACCACGUCCGGUUUGCACAUCUAUUCAACAUCAGCUAUCCGUGCGAACUUUGCGGGAUGACCUUCCAAAGGAAGUUCUCCUUGAAGGAGCAUCUGCUGACGCACAGCGACACCUACAACUAUCCCUGCACGAUCUGCGACAAGAAGUUCAAGACGAACAGCUAUCUCAAAAGCCACAUUAGCGUUGUCCACGAGAGGGUUCGCUUACGCUGCAGCUAUUGUCCUGCGGACUUCGAACGUAACUACAAGCUGCACAAUCACAUCGAAAACACCCACGGGAUUCAGGUUAGGUUCGUUUGCGACGUCUGCGUUCUGACGUUCCAGAGUCAGGAGAAGUUGGACAGCCAUCGGGCCCGGCACAAUAAUCCCCACGAGUUGGAAUGCGGACGGUGUCUGUCCGGGUUUCAGUCGAAGGAUCUGCUCGCCAGUCAUCUGUGCAUCACGUACAGAACUGCGAAGAAUUCCUCCCAAAAGAGGUUUGUCUACCAUGUCUGGAGCUUUUGAGGUUCUUUGCCAAAUUUCGAUGCCGGAUAACGGUCGUCCAUAUGCUCAUGAAUUCGCUGGUCAAGUUGAACCAGUACAAAAAUUCCACACCGAUUGUAGACCUCUUUGCCAGCCAAUCCAAUCUGGUGCAA